UCCCGUGUCCCACCUAAUGGACUGCACCUCAAUCUCACUUGUUCCUGUGUCCAGAUUUCUCACAUUCACGAGAUACUAGCAAUAGCGAGCAGAACCAGAGUCGAGGGACACGUGUAACUCAUCGCAUCACAAUCGGGUGAAACCAGAUGUUGAUACGGGUACGACCUCCGGAUUCGAACCGCCUGCUUGACCCCGCAACGGAUUAGAAAACAAGACAACUCCUUUGAAUACGGCCAAUGACCUUCAUACACGCAUCGAGAUUGGCAAUUUGAGGAUACUACCGGAAGAUAGAACUAUAACAAGUUGGUAGUUCCAGCCGCGCGGCUCCCACCGCGUUCUGGUUCACUGAUGAGGGCGAUGCUUUGCCCUAUACUUCGGAUACAUCAUGAAAACCCGGACACGUGCGACCGACUUGCGCCUGCGGGUACGGUGCGCUCAAGACGCUGUAAGAGACGGCCUUCGCCAUUUCGAUGAGUCCCGAGCGGACUUCAUGAAAGCGAUCCGCACGUCGAGGACAGAAAUUCCAGACCACUUAGUGCAACGACUAGAGAUAGAUGAGGACGAUUUGCGACAAAAGAUAGCCGAGCUGCAUGAUUCGUACGAUGACCUGAACACAUUGGACGAACAACUCUGGAAGGAAGACGGUGAUGAAGCUGGAUCUUCAGGCACUGAUUUCCUGCAAAGCUUAUCGGAUACUGGAAAGAUAAUGUACAAAGCUUACGAUGACAACGAGAGCGAACCAGAAAUGCCCAGCCUCCUAAGAGAAUAUUUUGAUGUCAUCGGUGAACUGCGUUUAAUGAAAGAGCGUCUUGAGGACGAACUGCCGUACGAACACGCGGAUCAAAAGCUUCGGAGGCAAAGGCUGAUGGACCAAGAUGAAGUAUUAUCUAUGACUGAAGAAGAUUUCGAGGCCAAGUGCCAUGAAGAGGUUCAAGUUGUUCACGGCGAGAUUAACGCUUUGACAAUCCGUGUUAACAAGCUUCAUGCCGAAGUUAUGGAUGCUGGUUUGGAUCCCGAUCCCACUCGAUAUCGGCGAGAGACUCCAAGCGGAUCAGUUGUAGAAUGGCUUGACUCUGUUGCGGCAACAGUUGAUGUAUCUUCUGACCCACUCGGGCAGACCCAACCGUUGCCACCCACAGACUGGCUGGAUUCUAUCGCGACACCAGCAAUGGAGGUUUCGCCUGAACAAUUCGGGCAAGUACAUCCAUUGCCGGAUGACGCAGUAAUGCCAAUUCCCGAGUUUGAGCUGCCAGAAUGGGAUGGCCAGCCAGCUGAAUCUGAACAUGAGGCCUUCUAUUCAAGCACGCCGCGUGCAGACCUCAAUGAGGGCCUUGAUGGCUCGCUCCCGCCGUCAGGUGAGGAUAUAGCGGGAGCCUCAGUGCGUUCAGCAGCCGAUUCCGACCCAGAUUUGCAGAAAACUAUGCGUAGGGACGAUGUUGGACCGCAAUGGCUUGCACUGCUAGAAUUUGAACCAAUACGCCAGGAGUCUUCAGACGAAAGCACUACUGCCACGAAUACUUCUGACGGAAGCACGGACAACUUUUCGGCCGUUAUAGACGGCGAUCCAUCGGUGCAAUAUGGGCCUUUCUCAUCGGGUUCGAUAGAGGCGACAGUCUAUCAUGGAUUUGAUACGGGACACGGUGCUCAACUGGCAGCAAGAGAGGGAGAGGACAAUGGAGACGAGGCAGGGCAUCAUUGUGACCAUGAGGAGGUGGUUCUAUUCACAAUUAGUGGCAUAGCAAUGCUUCAGCCACAGCAACAAGACUAUUUCGUCAGAGGCGUGGUGUUUGAGACAUCGCUUGCAGAACCACCACACGUCCCGUCCCUUCCACCGAAGGCUAUUGUUUGGGGGUCACGGACUACACUCAUGGUAUUUAAAAGGAACGCCAAGGACUGCGUAGCAUGCCCUAUACUCCCUAAACAACCCGACGGCCCUGACGCAAGGUCGGAUAUGAGUGUGACCUAUGUCCAGGAAGAGUCCCAGCCCCCAGAUAAUAUUGGCCACAAUAUUGAGCAACAUGCGGAUAGAAGUUUACGCAUCAAGACGAAGCUACCUGGAAUGGGCACUGGAAAGCCGUUGCGAAUGACAUUGACUGCAACCGUGCCAAUCCCAUACGAUGCGAAAGUUCGGCACAUUGGGAGUCUGGAGCAGAAGUCCCUAUUCGAUUUAGUGCAGAUCUUGGGCGAGUACGAGCAGAGCAAGUAUUCGUUCCCCUUGCCGUGAAUUCUUGCGUGGACAAGGUUACGAGUCGGAGUGAAGGUCUCUAUUUGCAAGUUACAUACUGUAGUGUCAUUCAACAGACCCAACACCUCAAUUUACACACUGAGAUUGGGAUGAGAAGAAUGUGUAUUCCAUCAUUGAUCGCUAGCUGGAACGAUUGGGACGUGGUGGCUAGAGCCACUUGUCUGGGUGAAGAUUGAAGAUUGAA